UACAGUUUCGCCAUUGCCCUCCGCGCUACUCGGCAGUUCCAUUCAUAACAUUUGUUCUUCGCCCAUGUUCUCCAUGAUCGUGGUGAGCUCUCUUUGCCCCCCUGAAUAUGGAAUCUGCCCAUUUCGGGGCCUCCCUACCUAUCAGUCACCGGCAAGAUUCAACCCUGAACAGCCUUCCUGCAUCUUCUCGAGUCGAGAGCCUUAGUCAGCAAUAACAGCAGGACGCCAGGUCAUAGGUCGUGACUGGCUCCUGACGAGGUGGUUCCGUUGCAUGCGUUUAGCAGCAGGAGUAACCCAUGGCAGCAAGCUCGUGCUUUCAUCAAGCCGGUUUCGUUCCAUCUCCUGUAGCGUCCGCUCGGCUCGAUUUCACCCACAUGCGUGUCAGAUGUCGUGGCGAGCUCAUACUCAGCACGCUGCCCUCUGCUCCCACUCGUAUCUUUCCACCGAGCACGACACCGAGUCACGCGUUUGUCGUCCCUCUCGCAGAGAAAGGCAUCUUCCGGAGCAGACCAAUCCCCCCUUGUUCGCAAUCUGUCCAUGAAUACGUCCUUUCCGAUCUGUGUCCCCUGCUUCAUCGCCUCACGUGCAGCACUACCCCACCACAAGCCUUUCAGCUGAGAUGUCGGCCAGUCACUCUUACCACAAGCCUAAGCUGACCUCGUGAUAGCACCGCUAGAUUCGAACGAUUCGAAGGCUGUCGUGGGUUUUUUUCCCUCGUGCACUCGUCGGCGUCUGCUGCAUCUGAUCUGCGAAGCAUGGCCGUCCGAUCCCCUAUUUCCGCGCAAUCCCUUGAAUCUUGUCACGACUGUCUUCCGCAGUCGUCGAGCACCUUUGAGUCGUUGGGAGCGGAGCUGAUUUACAAGAUUCUCAUUCUUACUCACGACACGAGGUCGUAUGUUGGGAGAUUAGCGUGCGUUUCGCCAACUCUCGCUUGUAUCGCGCGAGAAUCACUCUGGCAGUUUUACUGCCGGGAUCAGAUUGCUGCUGAUUUCGCGGAACCCGAGCCUAAGACGAAAAAGUGUUCUGGUGUUUGUGCUGAUGCACGUGCGGAUGAAGCUCCAGCGGCUAAGGGGCGCGAACACAUUGACAGCAUGCUGGACAGAAUGAGGCUGCAGGAUUAUGCUUCCCUUGCGAAAGAUGUCGGCACGUCUGGAGCCAGGAAACAAGAUAUGGCGUGGGAAACUGCUUUAGCGGCAAUUUUGAUCAGAACCAGGGAAGAUGACUUGGUCGAUUGUGUUCAAGCAGCGAUGGCUUCAAUCACUAGGACACGUAAGCCUGCAUCACAGGGGGCCCCUUCUAUUGCUGCUCUACCAACAGAUUUGACGGCUUCUCCCAAUGCUGCUAGCUCCACUGCUCGUGGUGUUACAUCUGUUGCGACCCCAGUCCCUGCAGCAAGGGAUGAGAUUGCAGCAGCAGCAGCGGCAAUAGCAACAGCAAGAGCAGCUGCAGUAUCAGCAGUUUCAGCAUCAACUGCAGCUGUGUCGAUAGUAACAGCAGCAAGUAAGGCAGCAGCGGCAGUACAAAAGGCAGCAGCAGCUGCAGUAGCAGCAGCACACGAGGCACUAGCAGCCGCAGAAGCAGCAUCAGCAGUAGCAACAGCAGUAGCUACUGCAACUCAUGGGCACGCUACUCCCCGUGCCCAUGGAGCCGUGCAGGACAUUGCUGGAGCCCAAUUGUGAACCAGGGCUUGCGGGAAGUGCAGUUGGUUCUGUGCUGGCUUCUAACGAAAGCCAUGUUGUACUGAGCGUGCGGGAAGUGCAGAAGGGGUAGACAGUCCCUGGAUUUGUUCUUGGCAUCAACACGAGUUGUAUCUUGUCCCAGGUGUAUGUGUCGUGGCACUGGGAUAACCCUGUCGAUCCUCACUCUCUCUCUAGGGAGGGUAUUGGGGAGGCUUUCCCCGGGGAAGGUGGAUAUAUGGAGCCUAACCCUCCUUGUCCCAGUGGUUACCUAGGACUGGUGACUUUAUGAUAGUAUGUAUGUACGCGCUGUUGUGAUAUAAUUCCUACUUAGCAGUUCUGUAAG